UGACAGUUCGAAAAACAACUGAUAAAAACAAAUUUCAUCACUGUUUAACUUUUAACAAUUUACUUUAAAUUUUAUAUUCUUGAUUUUUGUAUAUUCUACUUCAAACUUAGAAAAAUGUUAGACAAAGUUAAGCACGUUAUUCUUGUUCUCUCUGGAAAAGGUGGUGUAGGUAAAUCUACUGUCAGCACACAACUGGCACUUGCUCUUAAAGAACAUGGACUAAAGGUUGGUUUACUAGACAUCGAUUUAUGUGGUCCCAGUGUUCCCUACCUCCUCGGUCUCGAAGGCAAAGAAAUUUACCAGUGUGAUGAAGGUUGGGUGCCAAUUUAUUCGAGUGAAGACAAAAUGCUCUCAGUGAUGUCAAUUGGAUUCCUUCUAAAAAAUCGCAACGAUGCUGUAAUUUGGCGAGGUCCAAAGAAAACAAUGAUGAUUAAACAAUUCCUUACCGAUGUCAAAUGGGAUGAUUUGGAUUAUUUGAUUAUUGAUACUCCACCAGGAACCUCUGAUGAGCACAUCACUGUGAUGGAAUGCAUGAAAGAAGUCAAAUGUGAUGGCGCAAUAAUUGUUACCACACCUCAACAAGUUGCCUUGGACGAUGUUCGAAAAGAAAUCACAUUCUGCAAAAAGACAAACAUUAACAUUCUUGGAAUAAUUGAAAAUAUGAGCGGAUUCAUUUGUCCUCAUUGCACCACCUGUACGAAUAUAUUUUCUUCCAACGGUGGCGUAGAGUUGGCUAAAUUUGCCAAUGUACCGCAUUUGGGAACUUUGCCGAUAGAUCCGAGAGUUGGCGUUUUGAGUGGAACAACUUUGUCAGUCCUAACAGAAUUACCUGACUCAACAACUGCCCUUACUUUCAAGAGCAUCGUUGCUUCUUUGACAAAAACAGUUGAAGCACAGUAAAAUUUGUUGUCAUUUAUUUGUAACAAUGUAUAAAAAAUGUAACUUUUCCAAGCCUUUUCCUUUA